AUGGAGCUGGGAACAGAAGAAGAGAGGAUGAAGAAGAAUGAGAUCGAUUUUGUGGCUCAUGACGAUAUCCCAUACUCCUCAGCAGGAACUGAGGACGUCUACAAACACAUCAAGGAGGCAGGCAUGUUCGUGCCGACCCAGCGGACGGAGGGUAUCUCGACCUCUGACCUGAUCACUCGUAUCGUACGAGACUACGACCUCUACGCUAGACGCAACCUACAGCGAGGCUACACUGCUAAAGAGCUCAACGUCAGCUUCAUCAACGAGAAGAAGUACCGCCUGCAGAACCAGGUGGACCGUAUGAAGGAGGCAACAUUCCUUCAACCUCCCUCCAACCUCCCUCCAACAUUUCUCCAACCUUCCUACAACCUUCCUACAACCUCCCUCCAACAUUCCUACAACCUUCCUCCAACCUCCGUCCAACCUUCCUCCAACCUUCCUUUCACCCCCAACCUCCCUCCAACCUGUUGAUCAUAUCACUCCAUCAUUUUACAUCCUCCCUUUUCUCCAUCCUUUCUUUUAGUUUUAAUCGUCAACUAGGGUGAACAUGAUAGGAGAUAUUGUACAGCGAUCGACUGCAGUGUGACUUUUUUGCAGUGUGAUAUCCAGUGAGCAGGCCUACACUGUUACAGAGCUCUCCAGAUAGAGACGGACUUCAUAGACAAACAGAAACAGUUCUCAUGCUCAUAGAAUAGAUAAUAGACUGUGUCUGCCCUAUGCAUUCUGUUUCUACCUGCAUCAUUCUGUAACAUGGUACCUGCGACUGACUGUGCCCUAGUGGAGACUUAACAGAGAGAAACACAUGUCCUCCAGAGUUGUAGUGUAGCGUAUCCUUCCUGGGAGACGAGGAGAGAUGGCUACUUAAAGACUCCACACAGUCUACACAAUGGAUCUGACGGAACAUAGUUUGCAUAGCUCUCUACGUAGUUCUACGUAGUUUCUACGUACUGUUACGUGCUGAAUUCUGUAAAUCACUGUGACAGAGCCCUUUAGACUAUUGAGAUGCACCCCAUUGCCUUAGCGACUCAUAAAUGAAUGGAUGUUUACAUCAUUUCAACGAUGGUAACACCAAGGAAUUCAGCUCCCUCCACUCCCUCCCUCCAACCUUCCUCCAACAUCUCUCCAACCUCCCCCCAACCUUCAUCCAACCUCCUCCAACCUCCCUCCAACAUCUCUCCAACCUCCCCCCAACCUGCCUUCAACUUUCCUCCAACCUUCCUGCCUCCCUCCAACAUUCCUUCAACUUUCCUCCAACCUUCCUCCAACCUCCCUCCAUCCUCGCUCCAACUUCUCCCAACCUCCCUCCCCCUCCCUCCAACAUUCCCCAAUCUUCCUGCCUCCCUCUCUCAUUCCUUCAACUUUCCUCCAACCUCUCUCCAACGUUCAUCCAAGCUCCCUCCAACGUUCUCCCAACCUCCCUCCCUCC